CUUACAUGAACUAGGAGAGGUAAAAAUUAAUGAAAAAGGGCCUCUUAAUCCGAACCAAAUCCAAAAAAAAAGUGAUGCAAAAUUGGUAUUAGAUGACUUAUUUAGAACCUUUGGUUUAAUGCCGUAUUAUGAUGUGCCACAAUUCGACGUGCACCUUUAUACGAUCAUGUUAUCAGCAUCUAUAAAAUUGGAGUCAUGGCAAUUAGUUGACGAAGUCGCUAGAGAACUUUUAGACCAUUUGGACGAAUCUCACAAUCAAGAACAAGAUAUAUUUAAAGAAUAUAGCGAUGAAGUGAGGAUGUCAUGGUUAACAUCAUGUUUAGAAGUGUUCAUGUUAUUGGAAAAGUGGUAUGGUGAAAAUAAGAAUUUGAUAUAUGCUGAAAAGUUUAAGAAUUUACAGGAACAUUGGAAAAAAGAAAUAAAGAUACAAAUUUAA